AUGAAAGGAACAGGAUCACCAUCAAUAGGUCGUUUUCAACGUCGACCAAGUUUAGGAACAUCUAUAGCUAGAGCUAUGAUAUCAAUGAGUCCAGAUGUUACUUUUGAUAGAAUAUCUGAAAACUCAACAAGUCUUAGUAUAAAAUUAUGUGAAUCACUUGAUUCAUCUUUUUCGGGUACAUCUUGCUUUUCUCCAUCGACAGCUUUAAGUCAUAUAACAGGUAGUAGUUCAACAUUACAUUCAAUGACUGAACGAACUACAACUUCAAAUUCUCCAGAAUAUCCGCCAACACAAUUUCAUUUACUUGAAAUACCGAAUGAUUUAAAUUUAGUUUUUAAUCGUCUUGAUGCUUGGCAAGAACCGCAUAGUGAACAGCAUAUCAUUGAAACUUCUCGAUCAACAAAUGUUAUUCCUACUGAACAACAUUUAUUUCCAUUGAAUAAUAAUACAGGAACAUCAUCAUUUAUGAAAUAUAUUCAAGAAAAUACUAAUCUUGGAAUCAAAUGGGAUCGUUUAUUAAAUCCAAUUAAAGAACCAUUCACAAAAAAUAUACAUGAACAGCAACAUAUUCAAUUAGCAUUGUCGUUAUUUAAAUUGAUUUUACGUUUUGUAAAUACAUCGGAACAUGAUAUAAAACGAGAUCGAGCAUUAGGUGAUUAUAUAGUUCAAAUGGGUUUAAUGAAUGAAGUUUUACGUGAUGAAAUAAUGAUUCAGAUAAUAAAUCAAAUAUGGAAUAAUAUUGAUUUAAUUAAAUUAAAUAAAGCAUGGAUUUUAAUGUUUAAUUGUAUUGGUUGUUUUCCUCCAUCAUCAAGAUUUUAUAAAUAUUUAUUCAAUUUCGUCUCAGGAGAAAAUCCAUCCAAUAGUGAAGUAGGUAAACGAAAAUUAUUAGCAGCAGGUUCUGCUGAUGCACCAAGAACAUAUCCACCAACACAAUUAGAAUGGUCUGCUAAUAAACGUUCAAUUCCAAUGGCACUUCAAGCAGCAUUUUUCGACAAUUUUGAAAUUCUCGGAGAAGUUGAAUCAUGGAUGACAGGUGAACAAUUUGCAUAUGAAUUAGUAUCAUCACGUGGUUUAUCAAAAGAUAAUUCAUUUGGAUGGACUGUAUCAUUAGAAGAAAAUGACAAUGAAAUUGAAUUAAUGGGACAUGAUUAUAUACUUGAUUUAAUAAGUGAAUUAGAAAUUCCCCCAUGUUCACCAGUUUGUAAAUCAUUUUUUCUUAUUCAUGAUGGUCGUGAUCGUUCAUCAAAAAGUCAACGACGACGCAAUCAUCGUACAACAGUUAGAUCGAAAGAAUGGUUUUUAAAAAUUGAUAAUACACGUUCAAGUCGUUUGUCGAAAAAUCGUCGACGAGUAUCAUCAUCAAAUUGUUCAUCACCAUACAAGUAUCCGAAACAUUUUAGUAGUGAUGAUCAACAACAAAUUGAAAAAAAAUAUAUUAAACAUCAUUCACCUGUUUAUCAUGAUGUAACGAGUAAAAAAUCGAAUUCAUCAUUAUCAUUAUCAUCAUCAGAAAGUUUGCAUGAACAUCAACCAUUUUCAUCACCGCUAUCGGCAACAAAAGAUAUAUCAAAAGUUGAUGCUACUAGUGCAUAUUCUAUAACUGAUGGUCAACUAGAUGAAAUUCCUAUACAAAAAAGUGAAAUAAACGUACCAUUUCAUCAAGAUACACCACCAUUACCACGAUUAGUAUCAUCAUCAAGAUCGAGUAGAGAAAAACAAAAAGUUGAUGAGGAAAUAAAACCUAUUGAAAAACGAGUACAAGUAAAUAAUCAAUCAUCAAUUAAUAAAACAAAUCUUAUAUCAGCACCAAUGUCAACUAAUGAACGUAAAGGAUCAAUACGUAAAACAAAUACAUUUACAUCAUCAUCACAUUCAAUGGUUGAUUCUGGAUGUGGUGGACAUCUUAUAUCAAAAAUACCUGCUUUGCGUUGUUUUCGUCCAACUAAACAACAUCAUACACCAAAAUCUCAUAAAACAUCACCAUUACCUCCACCACCACUUGUUGUUAGUGAUUAUAGUGGUGUAGAUAAUCCAACAUCAUUUUAUGGAGAAUUUUCUGUUUGUUCUGAUGGUCCAGCAAAUAUAAAUCAAUAUGAAAAAAUUGGAUCAUCAAUUCAUAAUGCAGCAAAGCCCAAUGGUCAUAAUGAUGAAUAUCGUUUGUCAAGUGUCUAUUCAGAGGGUGAUGUUAUUGAUGAUGUUCAAGCUGAUUUAACCGAGUAUGAAACUGAAGAUGCACAAAUGAAGAGAAAUUCGCCGACGAAAGAUAAUUCUAAACCAGGAACUAAAUUUGUAAAAAACAAAAUAGUACGACCUAAAUCAGGUUAUCCACAAGCUAAAAAACAAGGAAAUUCCAUAUUCGAUUCUGAAUCUAUUGCUACUAUAACUGAUCUUCCAUUACCAUGUCAUAAAUCGGAUGUUGAAGCAUUUCUUGAUGAUCUAUUCGACCGUGCACUUGAUCCAAAAAAUUUAGCUAAGAAAAAAAGUCAAACAAAAACAUUAUCAACAUUUGAUCAACGACGCUUACAGAUGAUAUCAAAUAGUCGUGUUGAUCCAUCAGCACGUCGUCGUGGUUUAUCACAUUUACUUCAUAAAAAUCAUAUACAAAAAAAAUCUUCAAUUCGUUCAGCUAACGGUAAUGAUCAAAAUGGAAAGAAAAAGAAAAUGAAAAAUGAAAAAAAAGAUACUGCAGAACGAAAAAAACCUACUAAAACAAAGAAAAAACGUAAUCAACAAUUAAAUACUAAUAACAAUAAUAAUAAUAAUAAUAAUGCAACGAAGAUUGAUCAUAGUUUUUCAUCAUUUACAAGCGAAAAUAGAUUUAUAUUACCUCAAAUUGGUUAUUCAAGUCGAACAGAAACUGAUGAUACAAGUGAAUAUACAAAAUAUAUUCGUCGACCAAAACAUCGUGUUUUUUAUCGACAACCAAGUGGUUUUUGUAAUCAACGAUUUGAUCGAAUGCGGCAAAUCUCUACUAUUAAUUCUAAUGAACAAAAUCCUAUUGAAAAACAUUCUCAUUUUGAUAAAAAGAAUAUAAAGCUUAUUCCAAUUAAUCCUGCUGUAUGUUUUGCAACAACAAGCUCAGCAUCAACAGUAACUAAAUCAAAUCAAUCAACAACAUCAACAAAUUCUAAUGGACCUGUUUUUGUACCGGUUAUUAAUAUUAGUGGAAAAAAAUAUCUCCCAGUUUAUUUAAAACAAUCAACAGACGUUAAUACUCCGACUGAUCAAAUAAAACAAUCCGAUCAAAUGCCACAUCACUCAGAAAAUUAUAUUACUCAAUUAAUAUCCUCUAAUCAAGUAAAUUUAUCAAAGAAAACACCAACUAUAAUCGAAGAAAAUGAAGUUGAAACACAAUCAAAUCCAUCUCCAACACCAAUAACAAAAACUAAUAUACGUGUUGAACGUCUUUCAAUGUCACAAUUAGAUGUAAUAUCUUCACGUAAUGAUAAAACACAAAAACAAUUUAUUUCAAAAGAAAAUUCAACAGCAAAUAAUAAAAGUCCUGUUAAAAUUUCUUCACAUAUAUUCAUACGACGCUCUCCUGAAUCUCAAAAAAAUUUACGAGCUAAAACAGUACGAAUUGGUAAAAUUCGUUGGCCACCACCACUUAAUGCAGAAGAAUUAGACAGUGCUAAUCAACAAAGACGUAUGCUUGUACAACGUCGUAUACAAGAAGAAAUUCAUGGUAAUAAAACAAUACAAAAUGAAAUGCAUCAAAAAAGUAUCAUUAAUAUAUCUAAUGAACAUGCAACAACAUUACCAGAUCGGUCUCAAACUGUGCAUCAUAUAAAACAGUUAACUGUUGAGCAAAAACUUCCAAAUGAUCGACGUUCACAAACUGAUGCAAAAUUUCUAUCAACAUCAACAAAUGAUCAACAAAAAAAACCUUCUACUGCAAAUACAUCCAUUGAUCGUAUCUCACAAUAUUCAGAUAAUGCGGGUGGUGAGGAUGAUGAUGUAUCAACAAAUGAAAUUGUUACACGAAAUCAAUCAUCAAAAUCAGAUUUUCAUAAAACACUGACACCAAUGAUCGGGAAAGAAAAUUUUGAACUUCGAAAAAAAUUAUUUGAAAAUCCAGAUGAUUCAUCAUUUGCAGAUGUUGUUCCUUCUAGCAAUGAAGCACCGAAUACAGCAAGUAAAUCUUCAUCACAGCAAUCACUUAGUUAUUUAACUUAUCAUAAUAUUGCAUGGAAAUUAAAAAUUCGAAAAGAGGUUUUUUCACCAAUUGAAACAUUUGAUCAACCACUUUUAAUUGAUUUAUUAUAUUUACAAAUUGUAUAUGAUACAUUUUCAACAAUAUGCAUUCGAAUAAGUGAAGCAGAACGAUCAAAUAUGAAAACAUUUUUAUCUUCACAUGGUGUUGGAGUCAUUGGUGAUAUUAAUUUAAUAAAUAAAUUAUCAAUUAAAAAAUCCAUUAUUGAGCAAGCACGUCAAUGGGCAACAUAUUUUUGUCGAUUUUAUCCUGUUUCUAUACCGAAGCAUCAUUCUGACGAAGUACAAAUGUUAGGCAUAUCACAUUUAGGUAUUCGAUUAAUUAAACGAAAUCGAACAAAAAAUGCAAAUGAUACAUUACAAAUACUUGAAACAUUUCCAUUUGAUAUGAUUCAACAAGUUUCACCGAUUCGAAAUGCUUCAACAAUUGAUUUACGUCUAACAAAAAAACGUAUUACCAUUCAUUCACAUCGAAUUCAAAAAAUUACACAACUUAUUGAUAAAUUUUUAACAGAAUUUCGAAUUGAUAAAAUUAAAACUUCUCAUAUAUCACAUCAUAAAUCUUCUCGUGACAAAUUCUCACCAAAUUUGAUGUCAAAUACAAGUGAUCUAUUAAAAUCAUCAAGUCAAGGUAGUUUAAUCAGUUGUAGUCAGACAUUUAGUGAACUUAUUCCAUCUGCUUCAUUCGAUACUCAUACACCAAAACCAACACAAAAUGAUAUUGUUAUUCCAAAUACAUCUAUGUUACCAGGUGGAUAUUCUAUGAUGGAAUUUGCUUUACAAAAUUUUCAAAUGCCAAGUAAAAGACAAUCAAAGAAAAGUUGGAAAACUUCAGAAUGGACAUGGCAAGAUUAUAGUGAAUUAAUUAGAUGGGCCAAAAGUCCAAUUCAAUCAGGACUUCUUCGUCAUACAUCAAAUGAUUCAACUCGUAUUGCUCGGCAAGCUUUUCUUGCUAUCAUGCGUUUCAUGGGUGAUCAAACAAUGUCACGAGGUCAAAGUGAUAUUGAUUGUCUAUUUUAUCUGCUAAAAAGUAUGCAUAAACAUCGAACAAUAAUUGAUGAAAUUAUAUGUCAAAUUAUAAAACAAUUAACAGAUAAUAAAAGUACAAAAAAUGAUAGUGUUCAACACGGAUGGAAAUUACUUGCUAUUAUACUUAAUUAUUUUAUACCAAGUGAAAAUUUACGACCAUAUUUUGUUAAAUAUCUUAAUGAUAAUAUGAAUCAAAAUGAAAGAUUAGUACGAUUAUGUUUAAACCAUUAUGAACAAACAUUAAAAUAUGGUGGAAGAAAAAAUACACCAAGCAAAGCUGAAAUUGAUCUUAUUACAAUUAAUGGUCGAACUACAGGAAAACGUCAAAUAUUUUUAUUACCAGGAGGAUAUCCAUUGGCACUCAUGGCGACACCAUCAAUGGUAAUUGGUGAUUGUCUCAAUCUACUGUGUCAACAAUUGAAUAUAUCGAAUAGCUUAGAACAUGAUGAAUAUUCUAUUUUUAUUAUAAGUGCUUCAGAAAAUUCAUCACGUUUAUUAAAUCCAAGUGAAUAUUUAUUUGAUAUUUUGAGUGAAUGUGUUCGAGCAAAUAUAGAUGAUUAUCAUUUAAUUAUAAAACGUAUGCUUUGGUUCACUAUUCCUAUGAUACUUGAUGAUAAUAACAAAUCCGAAAUAUUUAUCGAUUUUAUGUAUCAUCAACUUGUACCAGAAUUACUUGAAGGUACCAUGAUAGUUAUCAAAAACAAUCAUUUGUCAGAUGAAAUCAUGCAACAAAUUUCAUUGAUGGCCGCUCUUCAAUUUCGUGCUUCGAAUAAAAUUGGUCUUCCUUCAAUGCGAGAAGUAAAACAUCUUCUUCCAUCUACUGUGUUAAAAGUAAAAAAUGUUCGCCCUCAAGUAUGGACGACCACAGUUCAUGAAAAACUUGAUUCAUCUAUCGAAUCUAUGACACCAAUAGAAGCUAAAUUAAAUUUUUUAAAUGUUAUUCAAACAUGGCCUCUGUUUGGUACAACGUUCUUCACAGCUCAAUCAGUUAACGAUCCAUCGAUUCGAUCACCUUGUCUGAUUGGUACUUUUAAAAAUGGAAUAUUAUUUCUUGAUAUAGAUACUCGAGAAACUCUCUUUACAAUACCAUAUAACGAUGUAGUUUCAAUUCGUCGACAUCAAAAUUUAAUUGAUAUUAAACAUGGUAGUUUAAGUCAACCUCAUCUUCUUGAAUGUCAAGUUGAUAGAGCGCAAGAUUUUGUUGCAUUAGCUGGACGUUAUUUAAGUUUUAUUGGUCGAAGUUUAACAUCGGCAUUGGAGAGAAAAUGUGAUUCUCAACAAUAUCACAGACCAUCGACAUCAACAUACAAUGAUCCAAUUAGUACAAUAUUGUAG